UGCAUGAUUCCUAAGAGAGAACAAUGUUGCUGACUAUACCAUGCUAUGUCCGCCGGGAUCGAAAAGGCUUUACACAAAGUCUACAAAAGCUCAACAAAGAGUCAACAAAAACAUGUACAUCCAGAGACUUCUAUAUAAUGACGUACCCGCCGUCAUUGAUGGCAUACUAGUUUGACGAUACCCCGGAAGUGAGUUACAGGCGAAAAAUCAUAUUAGAUCCAAUUGUUUCAGUCCUGCUAGUCUGCAUUAUCAAAGCUUGUUGUCGCUUGGUGGCCAUUCCUUUCGCACAUGGAACAUCCUGAGAACGCCAACACCAUGGCCGACGUCGAGAAAGCCCAGGGUCACCACCAGUCAACCCUAGACCCAAUCGACUACGCUUCAUCCACCACCACCGCAGAAUCAGAACUCCGGCUCGAAAAGGCCGAAACCGCCGCCGACAGGACAUACAUUCCCAUCACAACCACAACAUCUAAUGGACGCACAGUCACCCGACCCACGAUCACCAAAACCCGCACAGGAGCCUCCGUGAGCGAUGGCUAUGGUGUAUAUAAUGUGGACAACGGCGACGAAGAGGACGAAGGAGACAAUGCAUUGGCCAUGAAACGCACUCCGACGGAUGCAUAUGAGGUCCGCUGGGAUGGCAAGAACGAUCCAAUGUCACCACGCAAUAUGAGCCUGGCAAGAAAGUGGCUCAUUACGGGCAUUCUUUCGUUCUCUUCAUUCCUGGUAACUUGCGCAUCGUCAAUCUACACAAUCACCUAUGAUCAACUCAUUGAUCAUUUCCACACAUCACGGGAAGUCGCUACACUGGGUCUUUCCUCCUUUGUCAUCGGUCUAGCACUGGGACCUAUGUUUCUGGCUCCCUUAUCCGAGUUCUACGGCCGAAGACCGAUCUACAUCAUUUCGAUGAUCAUGUUCACCAUCUGGCUGAUACCGGAAGCUGUUGCUCAAGGCAUGGCGACCAUGAUUGUGGGUCGUUUUUUCGACGGGUUUGCAGGAAGUGCAUUCCUCGCCGUCGCUGCCGGCUCCAUCGUCGAUCUCUUCGAACCCAGCCAAAUCGCCUUUCCCAUGAUGAUCUAUACAGCCUCACCAUUCCUGGGUCCGGCGGCGGGUCCAAUUAUUGGGGACUUCAUCAACCAAUUCGCAUCGUGGCGCUGGACAUUUUACACGCUACUCAUCUGGUCGGGCAUCCUAACCGCAGCAGUCAUCUUCCUUGUCCCAGAGACGUUUCAGAAAGUUCUGCUCAAACAGAAAGCGGUCAAGAAGCGCAAAGACACAGGCAACGUGCGCUGGUGGGCGCCGAUCGAGAAGAACGACGCGUCCGUACUGCAUACGGUCCUGCACUCCUGCAUCACGCCAUGCAAACUGCUGAUCCUGGAACCAAUGUGUCUAUUCCUAUGCCUCUACUCUGCCAUCCUACUAGGCAUAGUCUACUUGUUCUUCGGCGCCUUCCCUCUGGUUUUCAUCAACAAUCACGGCUUCAGCCUGUACCAAGUCGGUCUGACGUUCUGCGGUCUAGGAGUGGGCAUCAUUAUAGGCGCCAUGACCAAUCCCUACUGGAACAAGAACUUCGCCCGCAUGGUCGCAAAGCUGGAAGCAGAGACGGGCCAAAAGGGGAUCAAACCUCCGCCAGAGUUUCGCCUGCCUCCCGCCAUGCUGGGCGCCAUCUUGGUGCCCAUCGGUCUCUUCUGGUUCGGCUGGACAACAUACAAAAGUGUCCAUUGGAUCGUGCCCAUAAUCGGAAGUGGCUUCUUCGGCAUGGGAGUCUUCCUCGCCUUUACUGGCGUUCUCACGUUCCUUGUGGAUGCUUAUGCCAAGGUCGCUGCCAGCGCAGUCGCGGCCAAUGUUCUGGUCAGGCUCAUUGCAGCAGCAUCAUUCCCCUUGUUCGGAACGCAGAUGUAUGAAAACUUGGGAUACCAGUGGGCCUCCUCUCUGCUUGCUUUCCUGUCGCUGGCAUGUCUACCAAUGCCAUUCCUGUUCUUCAAGUACGGCAAGAAGAUCCGGGCGAGAAGCAACUUCACCAAUGACGAAUGAAUGAGAGAGUCGUCUUUGAUCUCAUGAUCCUUGCUUCGUUGUCGUGAUUGGGUCAUUGCGAAGGUCGUAAUUAGCGCGUGAGAUGUACUUCAAUUAAUCUGGAGCCUUGAGCGAGUGCUAUUUUUCAUAUUCGAGGCAAGCGACACCAUGAGCAUGGAAACCUGUUGGGCAUUGCAAUGUCAAGAUAUUGUGGAACCGGGUACGGAUUGAACUCAUAUAUUCAUUCUCGAUGCGACGAAAACCUUCGAAGCAUCAUCCUCGUAUAAAAACCACAUAUACUUUUUCUCUACGUCCUA